AUGGAUUAUGAACCCAAGAAAUCCAAAAAGGGUUUUACCUCACCCAUCAAGCGUCUGGUAUGGUCAAAAGCCAGUCGUAGACCUGUGGACAGAGGCAGCGUGUACCGCCGUCCCCUGCACACCGUCCCACUAUACGCUCCCGAUUUCCUCAUUCACCCAGAAAGGCUCAUCUUCGACUACGUAGAGAAGGAGGUCAAGUUCCUUGGUCACCUGACCUGGGUGUCAGUUUCUCUCAACCCGUCCAGUCGAGACGAGCUGCUGCAACUGCUGGACACCGCCAGGCAGUUACGGGUGCUCCCGUCCAAGACUAGCGUGGAACAGGACUGCAUCUUAAGUCUGUCCGCUCGCUGCCUCCUGCUGACGUGGCGAGACAACGAGAAGCUGCUGAUGAGGAUUCCCACGCACGAGAUUGCCGCUGCUUCCUACCUAAGAGAUGACGCGCUGCACCUGCUGGUCCUCAAAACAGGUCUAAACGUGGACACCGUGGUCGCCGGGGACAUCAGCUUGGAUCGAAAGAAACCAGCGGGCAUCGACGGCCGACGUCAAACUGUGAGCUGCAACGCCGACCCGCGACCUUCCGGGGGUACGAUGGAGCGACGGCACACCAUUUGCGGUGUGGAUUGGAGACCAUCGCUGUCCAGGAGCAACCACGACAAGAACCAGAAUGUGGACAGAGGAGGAGGAGGAGGAGGGAGUUUGGAAAGGAAGCGAGCCGGCGGCAGCUGGGAGAGGAGACAACCCACCCGGAAGACUGGCGGUAGCUGGGAGAGCCGCCGAGCCAGGCCGACUGGCGGGGUGGCGCCUGCUGGGGGAGGGAGUUGGGAGCGGCGGCACGGAGGAGGCGGUGCCGGAAGCUGGGAGCGCCGGCAGGCCUGCACAGGAAGCUGGGAGAGGGGCAAGAGCUACGGGAGCUGGGAGAGGCGCAACCACAACCCAUUGGAGCCUACGCCAUGUCCCGAUGCCUACUGCAACCUCGUUAUCCUGGCGGUGGACAACCGAGAUGCAGCAGAGGAGUACUGUUCCUUGAUCUGCCAGAUGUUCCAGAUCAUUUAUGGCCAUCAGACUAUCGAGUGCGUGGACAGAGCGGGAUUUCACCAUACCAUGCCGGACCGCUACUGGCUGCAAAGGAGUGACAGCUGCCUGACUGACGAGUCUUUCGGCUAUGACCCCGAAUAUAGCUGCUGCAGCUCAUAUGACGGAUCCCAGGAUGCAUUUGAGCUCUACUACAGCGAGACGUACAGCGAAAGUUCGUCCGUGUCCCUGCAGGACUCGCAUCGCAGUCUGACUUCAGCCAACGACGGAGGAGAGAGUAACCCCACCCUGGUGCUCAUGCAGGACUACAUGAUCACGUUGCGGAACAAGCUGACAGCUGUGGAGUUACAACACUUUGCGGCGUUCCUAAGAGAAUACAGGCUGGGCUCCAACAUCGGCCACUUCUGUUCCGUGCUGCUGCAGCUAUAUGGAGACGAGCGCAAGUUUCUUUUGCUGGGAAUGCGUCCGUUUAUUCCCGACAAGGAUGUGGGGGAGUUUGAGAGCUUCCUGGAAGGUAUCGGGAUCCGCGAGGGUGGCAUCUUGACCGACAGCUUCGGACGCAUCAAACGCAGCAUGAGCAACACAUCGGCCACCGCCAUGAGAGGGUAUGACAGCGGCUCUCUGGCGUCGGGAUCUCAAGAGUUCAACCGGCGCAUCAGUGACAUAACGCAUGACAUCCAAGCGCUAGGUUUUGGGGACACGCAUGACGAUAUUGAGGAGGAGGACUACUACUUGUGA